CGCGCCGCGCCGAGGUAUCCCCGAGCCGAACCGGCGGGGCCGCAGCUGCGAGGCAGCUUGUCCCCAUAGUCACCAGCCACGACCCUCCCCCAGCACCAGCUUGGCUGCACGCUGAUCUCUGGCCCCUCUGGCUGCUCCGGUUUCACGUGGACAGCCGUGCGCUGUCUGCAGUCAGCUCCGUCUGGGAAAGAAGCUGCGUCCAGCGUCUGGACAACAGGCUGAGGAAUUUGUUUCCUGUGCAACGGGAUCUUGUGCUGUGAAAAAGUUUCCCAAGUGCCCCAUGUCAGCCAGCAAAUCUGACCGGCGAGGCCUGGGAAGAGAAGAGUGUUAGGUUGUGGAGGGGUGGUCUUGUCCAGUUCAGUUUCCCCCUGGACCGACCGUGGGACCUGAAGUAGAACUGGGGUGGACUUGGCCUCCUCCAUGGCACGCCAGCUGCAGAUACGACUGCUGACAUGGGACGUGAAGGACACACUGCUCAGGCUCCGCCGCCCUGUGGGGGAGGAAUAUGCCACCAAGGCCUGGGCCCACGGGCUGGAGGUGGAAGCCACAGCCCUGGGACAAGCCUUCAGGCAGGCGUACAGGGCUCAGAGCCAUAGCUUCCCCAACUAUGGCCUGAGCCAUGGCCUCACCUCCCGCCAGUGGUGGCUGGAUGUCGUCCUACAGACCUUCCACCUGGCGGGUGUCCAGGAUGCCCAGGCUGUAGCCCCCAUCGCUAACCAGCUGUAUGAGGACUUCAGCAGACCCUGCACCUGGCAGGUGUUGGAGGGGGCUGAGAAUACCCUGAGGGAGUGCCGCACACGGGGUCUGAAGCUGGCAGUGGUCUCCAAUUUUGACCAACGGCUAGAGAACAUCCUGGUGGGUGUCGGCCUGCGGGAACACUUUGACUUUGUGCUAACCUCCGAGGCUACUGGCUGGCCCAAGCCGGACCCCCGUAUUUUCCAUGAGGCCUUGCGGCUUGCUAGUGUGGAACCAGCAGUGGCAGCCCAUAUUGGGGACAGUUACCGCUGUGAUUACCAGGGGGCUCGGGCUGUAGGCAUGCACGGCUUCCUCGUGGUUGGCCCAGAGCCUCUGGACCCCGCAGUCAGGGAUUCUGUACCUAAGGAGCACAUCCUCCCCUCUCUGUCCCAUCUUCUGCCUGCCCUCGACUGCCUAGAGGGCUCAACCCCAGGGCUUUGAGUAUGGUGAGGGAAGUGGCUGGGGUCUUGGCCAUGGAGAAAACCCUAAACAAACACUGGAGACGGAGCCUCUUCUUUCUCUGCAGCUCUGGACUUUGCCCAUCUCCUUGCAGCCUCCAUAACCUGUUCGUAAUAAAGCCGUGAGUGCUUGGCUUUCAGCCUUGCCCCACUAACGCGCU